GCCUCAUCCAACAUCUCCACCAGGUGUCCCCGGUGUUCUCCGGCCAAACUGCAGGACCCACAGAUACAGACAGAGUCCUCAGUGCAGUAAUACUCCAGGAUCUUCUUAUGGACGGAGCAUUUCCUGUUCCCCAGGGCAGUGGUGGGAUCACAUAAGACGUGCUCUGGUGACUUGCUGUGUACUCUCAGAUCAGUAUCUGCAUGAUAUCACAUCCUGCAACACAUGGUCUUACAGGAGGAGGAACUGUACACGGUAUAAAGGUGGAGAACAGAGCCAGAGACCUGAGGAUUCCUCUAACACAGCGCAAGAUGAGGAGCUGGGGGCUGUCUCUGCUCUUACUCUCUGCAGUCACAUUAGACAGCUGUCUCUCUCAGGCUCUGGGACGUGACAUCCAGGAUGACACGAGGAUAAUAGAGGCCGUGAAACGCUUCAACCUGGAGGAAAAUAUCCCGUAUCUAUAUAAACCCCUGGAUUUUUUCCGCCCUACACUCCUGAAGGAGGAGGGGAAUUCUCGGACAUUGAAAUUCGGAAUUAGAGAGACGGUCUGCCCCAGACAUGCAAAAAGAGAUUUACUAAAAUGUGAAUAUCAAAAACGUGGGAAGGUUCAGGAGUGCACCAUUGUGUUGGCUGAGACAGACGCAGAUAAGAUAACCUGUCAGCUUUCGACGGCCCCUGGAGGACAAAGCAGUAUUGCAAUACAACACAAAAGACCAUCACUUAGUCCGCACUCGAAAUAACAUGGCAGCUGACAAAGAAACCUUUAUAAAGCAGUAUUGCAAUUCAGGCAAAUCUCCUGUAACCUAAAUCAUGGCUGUCCGCUGUGUGCAGUGGCCUCAGUAUUGUACAUUUCCCUGUCGCUCAUCAUGAGCUCCCCCUUGUGGUACAUAAUGAUAUAUAAUGAUGUGUUUUAACCCUUUAUCGGUCCCAUUGAAGAAAAUAAUUGUACGUGUUUUAAACACAAAUACGUCUCCCAGAAUGAUGGCGCCAGCAGAUAGUAAUGGUCGGUCGGAUGUUAACAAAUGUCCACAACGUCUGAAUUUCAUCAGAUUUAGAUAUUCCUGACGUACAGUAGUUGCAGCCAUUUGGCAACAAAAUCGAUAAAGGGUUUUAAGAAGCAACAGUGUUAAAUGGAAAAUAACUAAAUGGUAAAUAAUCCAAUAAAAUGGAAUCGCAAUUUUACAUAUUUAAUAAAUUGGAAUA